AUGGUGCGAAUCCUGAAUAAUUUGUCUGAUCUGAGAGAGACCAGGUUUGGUCAGGCCUGUCCCAGACACGGUCUGAACCUGUUGUGGUGGUUUGCUCAUGAUUGUGUUCAGAUUGACUCCAAUGGUCGUAUGACUGCACAGUGUGACCAUGCAAAUGGAGCGUUUGGUUUCCACCGAUUCUAUAACGUUGAUGGACUUCUUCCUAAAACUACUCUACCAUACUAUGAGGUGGGCAACCUGAACACCCCUGGCUCACUGCCUCAUUAUGUCACUGAGAAUUACACAGGAUAUUCAGACAGCAGUAACACAGAUCACAUCAUUGUUUCGAUUGUCAGGAACAUGGUGAGAAUCCUGAAUAAUUUGUCCGAGCUGAAAGAGACCAGGUUUGGUCAGCCGCGUCCCAGACACGGUCUGAACCUGUUGUGGUGGUUUGCCCAUUAUUGUGUUCAGAUUGACUCCAAUGGUCGUAUGACUGCACAGUGUGACCCUGAAAAUGGAGCAUUUGGCUUUCAUCGGUUUUAUAAUAAGGAAAGACUUCUUCCUAAAACUACUCUACCAUACUAUGAGGUGGGCAACCUGCACACCCCUGGAUCACUGCCUGAUUAUGUCACAAGAAGUUACACGGGACAGUCGGACAGCAGCAACACAGAUCGCAUCAUUGUUUCCUUUGACUCGAGAUGGAAAAGAUUUGAGAAGAUUUAUGUGACACAGCACUCAAAUCUGGUGCGCUUUGACCAGAAUCACACCUACUGUAUUAGCACUGAUCUUCUGAAGAACAUUAAAGAGUUGAGCCGUAACGACUUCCUCAGAGAACCCACGAAUGGUUCUGAACGUGUAUCCAUAAGCAUACCUCAGUCAGUGCAGACUAACACCUUUCAGAGUACUAGCAAUGUACUCAUGAAGAACACUCAAGAGUUGAGUCGUAUAUACUUCCUCAGAGAACCCACGAAUGGAUCUGAACGUGUAUCCAUAAGCAUACCCCAGACAAGACAAGACAACCAGACAAACACCUGUCAGAGUAAGAUAUGCUGCUGUGUGCUGAUUUGCUGCGGUCUGUUGAUACCGCUCAUUAUUGCUACUGCUAUCUAUGCUUUGUUAAAAUGA